AUGUCAGGAACCCUAACGAUUCUCCAUCUUAUUGCAGACUCACAGAAGCAUGCGGUCAAUCCUGCUGCCCCGGCUACCCGGACUUCUGCUUCUAUCACCACCACCAAAGCUUCUACUUUUCAUACGUCCUCCAAAAACUCCGCAUGGAUUAUCGACUCGGGCGCUACGGAUCACAUGACAUUUGAUCCUGGCCAACUUAUUAAUCUCAAAUCAUCCACUCUGUCGGUGGUGUCUAAUGCUAAUAGUACCCCCUCCCCUGUGGUUAGGGAGGGCUCUCUAUCUCUCUCUACUUCCCUACAUCUGAUCCUCUAA